GAAGAAAUGAAUGAAUUGAAUGAAUGCACGAAUGAAUAAAUGAAUGAAUGAAUGAAUGAACGAUUGCGAAACAGCAAUAGACGAAGUGCGCCAUCAAGAGUUUAAAAGCAUGAACAUGAACAUGGACGCUUACAUGGAAGCUGAACCCACCGAUGAGGCUGUUUGCCUCUGGUACUCUGAUAUCGGACAACGGAUUCCUGCACUACGCAAGAUGCUUGGCCAGAUGGGAUACCCGAGUGCUACCCGGUCGCUAUUGGGAUGGCUUGACAGUUACUUUGAGCAGUGUGAGAAUUUUCCCCCUGGCAAGUUUCCCAAUCAGGAAUACGUCAAGGUACUGAUCCAGGAGUUUGUCUUCUACAGAGCUGUGGAGAAAAAUCUACAGAAAAUGACAACCAGUCAAGAGCUUCAGCUCCUGGAAGAACUCUGUCACUACUUGCAAGAGAAUUCCAAACUGGCUACCAUCCACAACAUCUUCGAUGGUCUCUUUGGUAACAGUGGACAUCCCUUGAAGGAUGUAGAUGAGCAGAGACGCUUGGCCAUGAUGCGGCUGGUUUCCAUGGCUAUAAGCAUCGGAUGUAAGGUUGUCCUGGAUUGUACCGCUGUAUGGAUGUAUAACCAGGACUGUUCAUCGCACAGCAUCAACCUAGCUGAUGCUGUCAUGACCGAUUUUUGUGAGUUAGUCUCGGGUCUCAAGGAUACCAUACAAAGAGUAGCCCAGACAUCGCCAACGUUCACCCAUCAUCUAUUAACAGCUCUUAUGUCACAUUACAAUACCUAUCAAAGUACCUCACAGCCAAUCAAACUCAUCCCACCUGCCCAACUGGACAUUGUCACAGACUGGAUCAUCGAACACCCGACUGUUUGUCUCCGUCAUGCCCUCCCUGGCAAACCUCCUUCCCGUAUUCCAUCUUUCUACAUCCAUGCUUCCUACAAGGCGUCUUCCCACGACCCCUCCAGCUCGGGACCGGUCCCAGGCCUCCUAUGGCAGAGUGUCCUCUCCCCGCUCAUCCUGGAUGCCAACCGCUCCCAGAUACAGAAGACCCUUGACAAACGCUUCUCCGUCCACGACUACUCCCUCCUCUUUUCCAAACUCCAUCUGGGCAUACUGCAAGCGUUUGUGACGACGUCGGAUGCAAAGGCAACAACUUCUAAGGGGAAGGCCAGGGCUGGUGCCCUGUCCCUUUCAGACAUUGAGAGUGUGAUCAUGUUGACUGUCCAUACCAUACAGGAUAACAAGAUCAGUAGGGAUGCUGUGCAGAUAGCGGUUGAGAGGAUAGCACAACUGCUUCAGGUUUCGAUAGCAACAGGGAUGCUUAAUACGACCAAAGAGAAAGUUAUUCCACUUUGCAAGGAGCUGCCUUCAAAUGACCUUCUGACACUUAUUCUCCAUGAGAAGCUACCAUCAUGAAAGCCCCCUGACCUCAAAGUACUGUCUGAACUUUUCAAAAUGUGUGACUGAUGCAAGGAAGAUAGCAGGUGAUGGCUCUUAUGCUUCAAUACUUCUGCAUUAAGACUUAAGUUGUCAUUCUCCAAAACACACUCCAUGUUUCUUGUGAAGUGUGGUAGGAGUAGAAGAUUCUAUGGAUUGGUGAACCAUGGCUGCAGUGAAAUCAACUGAAAUGAAAUGACCAAGGGUCUUGAAAAUGGCUAGUGCAAGAAAGGAAUGUUAAUGAAAAGGAAUGAUAACAAAAUAUGUAAUGUGAGGAUAGGCAGAGACAGUUUAGACUUGUGGAUAGGCCAGAUGAGUAUAAGGAUGGAGAAAGAAAAGAAUGACCACAAGAGACUAUGAUACUGCAUCAAUAACAAGUGGCUGAUCUAGGAGUUGCUACAGAUAGAGAUCUAUGAAGAAAGACCACCCUGCUACCAUGCUCUUGGGAGUUGAGUGUCAGUGUAUGCAUGCGUGUGGCAUCUUACUUGCUUGUCAAUAUACUCUGAGAAAUUACAUAUGCCUCUAAGUCCAAAAUGAAGAAUUUUUCUGUCAAAGACUUUCCAAAAGUGAGAUUUCUAUCACACAUCCCAUCAAUUUCCAGUGUGGUGUGAUGCCACUGCAAUUCAUUCCUGUGGGCAAUAGUUUCUGAACAAAAGAGUUUUUGCAAUCACAACGCUGUUGCUCUCUAUAACGCACUAAUUCCUUUGAAAAUGCAAGUCAAAUCACAAUGGAGAGCUGAGAGGCUUUUGUAGAAAGUUAGUGGACCAGGACAGCAGAUCGUCCGAAGAUUUGAACCGGAUGAACAAUCGCAAAUAUGUCGUCCAGAGUCAUGAGACGACGCUGCAGACUCGGUCCUCCAAAUUUUGACAAAAGCCUCUCAGCUCUCCUUUGUACCUUGACUUUUGCAAAGGAAUUGGUGCGUUGUAGAGAGUGGGCGCGUCGUGAUUGCAAAAACUCUGUGUGCCUAGCAUUAAACUCACUGAUGAAUGCCUGCUGCAAAGAUUUUUUGUUUAGAACCAUUGCUAUGUUUAUUUAACAGUAGACCUGCUUUGGCACUCGGUCAUACCCUUCGUGGUACUUAGAUGUUCACCUGGAAAGCUGAAGGCAAACAGUGCCUGGCUUUCAUAAGAUUCACACACAAAAAUUCUUUAGAAGUGCUAUAAACUGUUAUGAAGAUAUUCAGUGUGGAUGCGAUAGUCACAUAAUUUCAACACUACUCCACUAGUGGUCAUAUUCAUUUUUCAGAUAUCAAAUUGUCUACAUGAAUAAAUCUAUUGCAGACAUAAUUAAAGUCACUCUGUUUAUUGAUUUAUGUACUUCUCAUAAACUAGUAAAAACAUGAACCCUAUUUGUGGUUUUUCAGAACCAA